AACUCAGCUGUUUUACAGAGAUCACAUGUUUGUUGUGACACUGAGUCUUUCUUUAUCCAAGAAACUACUAUGGAAGCUGUGGUAAAUGACUAAGGAAGUUGUCUUAAAACUAUUCUCGGUCAGUGUGACUUUUUAAUACAUCUCGAUAAUGUCAUUAUGUAAUUAUUUGGCAGAUAUCCCAUAAAUGACGAAUACACGACCAGACACGAGCCCGAUUUCGGAAAAUAUCGAAAGCUCUCCGGAAAGUUAACGAACUUUUAUCGACAAGUCAUUUUUACGCGGGAAAACAAUUAAAAUGGCGGCUUGUAACGAAGUUGACAUUUCAGCAGAUAAAGUGGCUGAAGUAGAAACUAGUGCAACGCAAGAAGAACAAGAGGAAGGAAAAGAAGAGAAGAGGAUGAUAAUUUUUAGAAAAAUAAUGGAUAAGUGUUUGAACAAAAUAAUGUCGGCAGGAAGGCAUUCACAGUUUAAGAAUUGUUUCAAGGAGCUAAGAACGGCAAACUCCGGGGCAUUUGAUAGCAUUUCAGAGCAGCUCAUGAAUCAUUUGAAGGCAAACAUAGAGACAGAAAUUAGCUUGAUGAUUAAACAAGAAGACCUGGAAUAUUUUUUUGAUACAUUGGACCGUGCAGUUGAAGAAAACAGCUCUAGACCAACACCAGCCUGGAGACCUUCAGGGGAACCGUCCACUGACUGCCGUGAUCAUCUAAUGGCUGUUAAAAGUACAUACAGAGAUCAGUUAAAGGGAAUGUUAGAAAAGAUUGAAAAUGAAAACAAAUCUCUUGAAGAUGUCAUUCUUCCACAAAGAGAAAAAGUUGAGGAAAACCAGAAAAUGCUGCCUAAAAAAGCCGAACACCUAAGAGAGGCUGCUGAACUUUGUGAAGACUUUAACAUGAGCAGACUGCAAGAGCAAGCCAUGGCCUUAGUAAAUGAUUAAAGAGAAUUACCAAGAUAGGUGACUGCACAUUUUAUAGGCUUACUGCCCAUUAUGUUUGGUGAUUCUCAAUGUUCAACUUAAUAUUUGGGGAUAUAAAGGAUGGCAACCAAAACCUGUCCUUUGAUGACACCUGCCAGCCUCCACCCCAUUGUUCCAUUUGGUCUUACUAGACAUAAGGUAUUGAUUUCUGACUUAUUCCCCCAAUGAGAUCUUCUAAGGGCCCAUAGAAUAGAUUUAGUGUUUAAUAAUAACUGAACUUAUUGUUGCAAUGUUGUAAAUGUCAUGAUCUUUGCCAUACAUAUGCACAUCUGGGUUAUUAUGGUUAAUAACCAAACCACAAAGAUAGGUAGUGGUUGAAAGAUGUUACUGAGAUGGGUGCCUGUUCAAGUUUCUUGAUAAGCUACUUAAAAAUGUCUAUUGUGCCCUUGCUUCGACUUAGUGACCCCCAAAGUCCUUGGUUUUUCAGUAAGUGGCGCUUUGUUCUGAAAAAGCUUUAACAUUUUGCAAAUUGUAUUUUAAUACAAAAAGUUGCUCAUUUACACUGAAUUGAAAUCUGACAAACAAUUUGAAUGAAUAUUGUUCUGCAACGACUAGCCAGCCUCUCAUACAAGUGAAAACACUUUUAUGUUUCCAUGUGAACAAGGCUAGUCAGUCCAGAACAAUAGCAAUUCAAAUUGGUUGUCAUAUUUUGAUUCAGUGUAUGGUGACAGUGGCAAAAUAGAAGAACUCUAAAGCUGAUUUUUAAAGUAAAAUAUUUAUUUUCAUAAAAUGUAAAUAAAGAAUUUUCUUUUAA